UCAUUUAGGUCUCCGUCAGAUACGUUAACCAGUCUUCGUUAUCAAGUUCUCAAACGUUUACAUGAUAAUUACAAUGUCUACGCUUGCUCUGUGACGCUCUACGAUCGGCAAGAUUGGGAAUUAGGCAUGUCCGAAAGUGACACGAUCCAAUUGGCAAUACCAGCCGAUGAAACUGAUAUUAAAGCGACAUAUGUGGACAAAGAUCCUGUUCUUGUUUAUGAACAACUGUGCAAAGAAAAUAAAAUGGGUAAAGAUAUCGUAUCGAUUGGAUUUAUUU